AAAAUGCAUACACUCAUGCAAAGGGAACAAUCCAUCUCUCUCUACAUGUCUAUAAAUCUAAUACUAUAGACCUAUAAUCCACCAUCGCUUCAAAAGCAUGGAUCAACAUGAUCUUAAAGAUGGUAACGGCCACCCCCUUGCAAGUAAAAGGUUAAUCGAUAAAGUUGUAGUGGUAACGGGUGGAGCGAGAGGAAUUGGUGGUGCCACGGCCAAGUUAAUGGCGGAGAACGGUGCACAUGUCGUUAUUGCAGAUAUUUUGGAUGAAUUAGGAAUAAAUCUUGCUAAUUCAAUCAAUGGUCGUUAUGUUCAUUGUGACGUCUCAGUCGAAUCUGAUGUAGAGGCUGCAAUUCAAUUUGCUAUAACUUGGAAAGGGAAAAUCGAUAUUUUGUACAAUAAUGCUGGCAUCGGGGAUAUCGGAGGAAGUAUCACCACUAUCGACAUGAAAAGGGUUUCAAAAAUAGUCGGAGUAAAUGUGAAUGGUGUUGUACAUGGGAUCAAGCAUGCUGCAAGAGCAAUGAUCAAAGCAGGUACAUCUGGUUCUAUUAUAAACUCAUCAAGUACUGCUGCAAUAAUGGGAGGCCUUGGAUCACAUGCCUACACGUUAACAAAAGAGGCGAUUCUAGGAGUAACAAGAAGCUCAUCAUGCGAGUUAGGUUUGUAUGGGAUUCGUGUCAAUUGCGUUUUACCUCAUGGAGUGCUAUCAGAGAUGCUUGUGGAUGCAUAUCGUGGUUUCAAAAAAGAUGCGACAGUUGAAGAAGUGCAACAGUCUGUAAGUGAGACUGCAAGUUUAUUAAAAGGACGGUGUGGAAUGGUUGAAGAUAUUGCCCAUGCUGUGUUGUUUUUAGCUACUGAAGAGUCUGGAUUUAUAACAGGUCAUAAUCUUGUUAUCGAUGGUGGCUAUACCACUUCGUCCGUCAAAAUGAGUUUCAUAUAUCGUGAUAAAGAACCAAAGUCAAAUAAAAGUAGCUAGUAUAUGAAAAAAAAAGGUCAAGUUCAUAGCUCUUUUCAAUUUUCAUACUUAUAAAUAUAUAAUAAAAGUAUUAUGAUGUGAUUUCUUAUAAAACUUACAAAUUAGGACGGUGGAGUGAUUAAAUCAAAAGGUAAAAAGACACAAAUUUAUAAAUAAGGUUUUGAUUUAAAUUCGAACAUUACAUUUUUUAUUUUCUAAAAAUAUUAUGAUUAAUCUUCUUAACAUUAUCCAUAAGACCAUUAUAAGAUCAUGAGGGGUGGCUCGUUUUUUCUGUAAUGAAUAAUUUUUAGAUUUUCCAAUGUUGGAUAUUAUUUUGAGGUUUCUAGCAUUGUCAAUGUCAUUCCUUAUUAUCAACUAGUUUUAAG